UUCUUCCAUUCCUUUGAACUCUUUCUUCCAUGACAGGAAGAAGAGAGCAGAAAAAUAGAGUCAGGAGCCCUCCAUCAGAAUCCGAGUCUGGUACCAUGGCAGCAGCUGAGACAAUCUUGGACUCCUCUAAAGACCAAGAUCAGUUACUCCCCAUAGCUAAUGUUAGCCGUAUCAUGAAGAAAUCACUUCCAACAAACGCGAAGAUAUCGAAAGAAGCAAAGGAAACUGUCCAAGAAUGUGCUUCUGAGUUUAUCAGUUUCAUUACAGGUGAAGCCUCUGAUAAGUGUCAAAGAGAAAAGAGAAAGACAAUCAAUGGAGAUGAUCUCUUAUGGGCCAUGACAACUCUUGGGUUUGAGAACUAUAGCGAGCCUUUGAAGGUGUAUCUUAACAAGUAUAGAGAAACUGAAGGAGAGAAGAACACCAUGGCUAGACAAGGAGACCAAGAGGCUAAUUCUAGCAAUACUGAUCAGGGAAACCUUCCAGGUUUCAGUAGUGGAUUUUAUUCACUUGGGGCUCAAUUAAUUCCACAAAAAUUUAGGGAUGAAGGAAAGGUCAUCCGUUAUGGAUAG